CUUUUAACCUCUCUCUCUCUCUCUCUUACAGAUUCAAAAUCCAAUCAGAGCAUGACGACACCGGAGAAGACUCCAACAAAGCCUCUCUCCGUCCACGACUGGGACGUCCUCAUCUCCGACUUCCAAGACUCCAACGCUCCACGCGACUGGUUCACCUCCGUCUUCUCCCUCUCCUCUCUACCCGACCUCGCCCUCACCUCCCUCCUCAAAAAGGACUUCCCUUUACCCUCAAAACUCUCCAUCCUCGUCUUCCUCGACGAAUUCUCCCACACCCUCUUCCCCCAAUGCUCCCACGAGACCUCCGAUCGCUUCAUCGAAGCUCUCCGCGCCAUCGUGCAGUCUCCCACAACAGAUGGAUCUAACGGGUUAAAGGAACAGGCUUUGAUCUCUUUCACGUCGGUGCUUGUAACGGUUGAGUCAUUCUCCGUGCGACACGUGGAAGGUGUCGUUGACUUGCUGUUAGCGCUUGUUAAUCGUCCUAACCACGGGUUUGAUAGACAGGCACGUGCCGUCGCGUGCGAGUGUUUGCGUCAGUUGGAGAGAGGGUUCCCUGGUUUGUUAUCUGAUGUCGCUGGACAUCUUUGGACGUUGUGUCAAGCGGAGAGAACACACGCUGUUCAAGCUUACCUUCUCUUGUUUACCACUGUUGUGUUUAAUGUUGUUAAUCAGAAGAUUAGGGUUUCGCUUAUUAGUACUUCUGUGCCUUUGGUUCCUUUCAAUGCUCCUAGUUGGAUGAGGGAUGGGAGUUUGGGUUUAAGUCAGGGGUUGGGGGCAGAUCAGAAGGAGUUGAGACGUGUGCUAGCGUUUAUGUUGGAGUCUCCGUAUCUGUUCACGUCUUGUGCUAUGAUGGAGUUUAUGGGAAUGGUUGUGCCUCUUGCAUCUGCGUUGGAGUUACAAGCUUCGAUGUUGAGAGUUCAGUUUUUAGGGAUGGUUUAUUCGUUUGAUCCUAUGCUGUGUCAUGUUGUCUUGCUUAUGUAUACUCAGUUCCCUGAUGCGUUUGAAGGACAAGAGAAAGAUAUCAUGAGACGUCUUAUGCUUCUCUCUAAGGAGACUCAGAUCUAUCUUGUUUUCCGUUUGCUUGCGCUUCAUUGGUUGAUGGGGCUUUUGAAUAAGGUGGUGUUGAGUGGGGAGAUUGGGAAGAGGAAGUCUGUUCUUGAGAUGGGUCAGAAGUUUCAUCCUGGGGUAUUUGAUCCGCUUGCUUUAAAAGCUUUGAAGCUUGAUCUGGUUGUACAAUGCUAUGUUAGUUCCAAUGGUUUGAGUGGAGGUGAUAAGAGUAAAUCUGCAGGGGAGUUGUUGCAGGAAUGCUUGGUUUCUGUUUCGGAUUUCAAAUGGUUGCCUCCUUGGAGCUCAGAAACUGCUGUAGCAUUCCGUACUCUACACAAGUUUCUGAUAUGUGCUUCUACACAUUCUGACUCUGACCCUUCCACCACUAGAAGCCUCAUGGAGUCUAGCCUCUUCCAGAACUUGCAGGUGUUGCUGGUGGACAUGACUUCAAAGUUUCCAAUCUUGGUCCCUGUUGUUGUAUCUUUUAUUGAGCGGUUGGUAAACUGUGAAAAGCAUCAGUGGUUAGGAGAGCGUUUUCUUCAGACAAUAGACGAGAAACUACUUCCAAAACUUGAGAAAAGAUGUUUACUAACAGCUUACUUCCCGCUUCUCCAUCGGCUUGCAGAGAAUGAUACAAUACCUCCUUCUAGAUUGAUAGAGCUGCUCACGAAGUUUGUCCUUUCACUUGUUGAUAAGCGCGGUAUUGAUGUGGGGUUGAAACUGUGGGAUCAAGGGACUGAAGUUCUUGGCAUUUGUCGUACACUGUUGAGUCACCAUAAGAGUUCUAGAUUGUUUCUUGGACUCUCUCGUCUUCUUUCUCUCAUGUGUCUCUAUUUCCCUGAUCUAGAUGUCAGAGACAACGCUAGGAUAUAUCUGAGGAUGCUGGUUUGUAUACCAGGAAGGAAGUUAAAGAACAUUUUGAAGCCUGCAGAUACUGUCUCUCCAUCAACUCAUCCAUCUACAUUCUUCACUGUCCAAAGUCCUCGUUUCCGUCAUGAUCCUAACAAAUCUUGGAAUCUUUCCUCCUAUAUUCAUCUUGAACGUGUCACUUCCCUACUAGUGAAACAGUCAUGGUCCUUGUCCCUACCAUCUCUAGGCGUUGGAAAUGAUGGGUACAGCAUUAUCGAAAGUAAAGUUCAGGUUGAUGAAAUUGAGCAAGAUAGCAGUCAAGAGCUCCAGCUUUUACCGGAUUCUCGAAGGAUUGAAUCAGGGAAGCCCACGUUAAGAGUGAUGGAUGCAAAGAUUGCAGAAGUUCUAGAAAGGUUAAGAAGAUACUUCUCAGUGAUUCCUGAUCUCAGACACAUGCCUGGAAUCAAGGUAAGGAUAGCCUGUACUUUGAGAUUGGAUGCUGAGCCGUAUAACAGCAUAUGGGGUAGUCAAAAUCAGAGUCCUGAGUUAGAUAAAGUGGACUCAUCAUCUCCUGCGUUAUUUGCCACCGUUCUCAAAUUCUCAUCUUCAGCACCUUAUGGCUCUAUUCCAUUGUGCCGCAUACCUUUCCUUCAAGGUGAGCCUCAUUGGGACAAGAAUGUAACUAACGAUGAAGGCUCUUUGGAGAUAGUCUUGUUAGAGAACACGCCGAAAGAGGAGGAGAAAGAAGGCUUGGGAGGAGGAGCAUCUGUAACAGUUGAACUUGAACCUAGAGAACCAACACCAGGUUUGGUUGAGGUUUCAAUGGAAGCAAAUGCAGAGAGUGGUCAGAUGAUUCAGGGGAAACUCGAGAGUGUCCCUGUGGGGAUCGAAGACAUGUUCCUGAAAGCUCUUGCCCCACCAGAUGAACAUGAAGAUACAAUACCUAGCUACUACUCAGCUCUAUUCAAUGCUCUGUGGGAAGUGUGUGGUUCAUCAUCAAGCACAGCACACGAAACAUUUGCACUAAAAGGAGGCAAAACCGCUGCAGCCAUAAGCGGGACACGGUCAGUGAAACUUCUUGAAGUCCCUGCAGAAACUGUUAUACAAGCCAGCGAGCUUCACUUGGCUCCCUUUGUGGUGGCUAUCACUGGAGAACAGCUUGUGAACAUUGUAAGAGAAGGAGGAAUCAUUGAGAACAUUCUGUGGCAGGAGGAGGAAGAAGAAGGAGGUCAGGCUACUGCUUCUUCAUCUAUGGGGGUCACAGGGGCUAACAGAGACCCUCUACGUCUUACAUACAUAGGAUAUGGAGACGAUCAAGAGGUUCCAAUGACGAGGAGUAGAGGGAAAAUGGGAAAGAUAAAGAUGCUGAUGUUUUUGCCUCCGAGAUAUCAUCUGCUGUUUGAAAUGGAAGUUGGUGAAGAGUCGACGUUGGUGCAGAUAAGAACAGAUUAUUGGCCUUGCUUAGCUUAUGUUGAUGAUUACUUAGAAGCUUUGUUCUUGCUCUAGGAGAGUUUUUUUUUUAACUCUCUUUAUAUUCUUUGUGUUCAUCUACAUAAGAGUUGUCUAAAUAAACCCAACACACAGGCAAAAUCAUAAGGGUGCUGUUUUGUAUUGAGAAAUUUAUUUUUAUUGGAGAUAAAAGAAGAAACUAGUUUAAAG